AUGGCCGGUGUAAAUAAAGUACUUGGAGCAUUAGGAAACGCCUUUUUCAUUAUGAGGCGCGUCGUAUAUUAUCUUUUUGCAGUCGUAAUGAAGAAUAUUGUGUGCAUUGAUCAUGAAUUACAUGUAUACAUGAAUGGUACAGAUCCUGUGAGUAGACAGCUUCCUGAGUGUGCAAAAGAACAGCCGAUACCAAUUGGAAUAUUGACAACAAGUGCAGGAAGGCCAGUAGAGAUUCGUGAAAGUGUUACGUUAAAUUCAGAUGGGUUUUCCAAUCCCUACCACAUAGAUCUUCUUACACACGCUGAUAAUGAGAGAAUUCCUGAACGAGUUGUGCAUGGUAAAGGAGCUGCAGCGUUAGGUUAUUUUGUAGUAACGCACGAUGUUUCCAAGUAUACAAAAGCAGAUGUUUUUAAUGGCAUUGGAAAGAAGACUCCCGUGGUUGGUCGAUUUUCAACAGUUGCUCAAAAUUUGGGAGGAACCGAUCUUGCAAGAGAAGCGAAAGGCUUAGGUGUUAAGUUUUUCACCAGAGAAGGAAAUUUGGAUUUGUUAUUGCUUCAUAUACCAGUUUUCUUUCAUAAAGAUCCACUCUUAUUUCCCCAUUUUGUUCAUUCUCUAAAAAAGAAUCCCAAAACCAAUCUCUUUGAUUUUUCUACUCGGUGGGACUUUAUUACCAAACAUGCCAAUGCCUUUCAUGCUUUUAUGUGGUUAUUUUCUGAUUUUGGAAUACCCAAUGGCUAUAGAAAAAUGGAUAUAUUUCCUAUUCAUACAUAUGAAAUCAAUAAUAAACAUGGUGAAAGAUAUUUUGUUAGAUUUAAUUUUCGAACAGAACAAGGCUUAGAAAAUCUACCAGACGAUGUAGCGCAAGAGAUUUCAGCACGGGACCCUGAUUAUUAUAAUCGUGAUCUAUACAAUGCUAUCGAGAACAAAAGCUAUCCUGCAUGGGAAUUAGAAAUGGAUGUUCUGACUUUUGAAAAUAUAAAAAAUCUUGAUUAUAAUCCAUUUGAUGUUACCAGAGUGUGGAAAAAGGGAACAUAUAUUAGGAUGAAAGUCGGUCGUCUUAUUUUUAAUAAAAAUCCUGAUAACAUGUUUAGAGUGUCUGAAUUGAGUGCAUUUAAUCCAGGUAAUUUAGUACCGGGUAUACCUGGACCUGUCGAUACAUUUUUUAGAAGUAGACGUUCAUCGUAUCGGGAGACACAGCUGUAUCGUUUAGGUGCUAACCAUAACAGAAUAAAUGUAAAUGUUCCAUGGCAUUGGAAUGUUUACGAUCGUGAUGGUCCACCACCAGUAAAGGGUAAUAUGAAAGAUGCACCAAACUAUUACCCGAAUUCUUUUCAUGGACCUGUACCAUAUGUUGAUCCAAUCCGACCCAAAGAAAGAUUUUUAGUGUAUGAAGCUAAUGUAGUCGAUUUAGAGCCUGUAAAUUAUUUCUUUAAUCAUAUUUUAGAUUGUGAACAAAGAGAAAGGCUUCUAAACAAUACGAUACCUACGUUACUACCAGUUUCUCCAAAGUUACGUAGAAGGGCAAUACGUUUGUUUACCUUAAGUGACCCCAUAUUAGGCAAGAAAUUGACAGAAGGACUUGAACGAGCAUUGCGAAUGCCUCUGCCUCCUUCACCUGAGGUAUUAAAGGCUCCGUCAUAUCAACAAGAAAAUCAA